GACUGAAAGCAAUAGAACGGGUUGCAGCCUUGUUCCUCUUUCUGAUUUACUGUGAACUCCAGAGGUCCACGAUGCAGUACAAGCAGCUCUUUGAAGACGCAGGGUGAGGUGAACAACAUUCACUUUUAACAGAUUGCUGCACCUGUUCGGUUGAAUGACCAGCUGCCUUCUUCACAGAGGUUUGCCACAACAUAUUCAAACAAAACAAGAAAGUAAUCAGAGGACUGUCCUGCUGAUCUCAAACCAGACAAUAUGGCGGGUUUAACCUAUCAGCUCUUUUCAAUAGCCGUCGUCCUUGGUGCGGUUCAACCCAUCGGGGGCUACAGCUUCAAAAACUGCAUCGGAGACUCAUACUCAAAAAACUUCAACUGCAUCAACCGCAAGGAAAUGAACACGAGCGCCAUUAUCAAGGACCUGCCGCCAACUGCAAUCAAUCUCACCAUCUCCUACACUUUAAUUGUUCACAUCCCCAAAGAGAGCUUUGUUCAUCUACCAAACCUCCGGAACCUCAGAUUGGAUCACAAUCACUUGAGCAACAUUGAUGACGAUGCUUUCCGAGGCUUGAAUGAACUCAAGUCUCUCAACGUGUCCUUUAACAACAUACGGGAGCUCAGCCCUUCAGUGUUUGACAACUUAAACAACCUGAACUUUCUCUCACUGACGAACAACAGUUUGAAGCAGCUCCCCCGGGACAUUUUCUCCAAUCUUUCCCAUCUGGACACUUUAGUGCUGGGACAAAACUUUCUGACAAAUUUCUCAGGGAUCGCUGAGUCAGUGUCACAUCUACAAAAUCUGAGCGUACUGGAUCUUUGUUCUAACAACUUGACCUCUCUCAGCCAUUCAAAUGCAUCUCUACCCAAAUCCCUCACAACAUUAUUCUUGUGUAAAAAUAAGCUGGUCAAAUUGGGAUGUAAGAAUCGGUUUCUCGGGUUCAUCCAGGUGUUGGAUCUGUCACAAAAUCUCCACCUCGAUUCGACGGCCUUUGAAGAAGUCGAUCUCAGUCAUAUAAAUGAUCUGCGCCUGCGUUCAACCAGUGUCGAUGUGCUGACGUUUUUAAAUAUCAGCAAUGUCAAUGCAAGACAUGUGGAUUUCUCUGGCACACAUCUAAACAACACCAGGCUGACAAAGUUGUGCAGGUUGUUACGGAAAAAAGGAAAAACGAUUAGAAAAUUAAGCCUGGGUUAUAAUCAGAUUCACAAUCUAACAAAUCAAAUGCUGGAAUAUUGCCCCACUAUCACGGGGAACCUGGAUCUCACCCACAACAACCUAAAUAGCACAAGUUGUCUGGAGUUCAUCAAUAAACAGAAAUCUAUAAGUAGCAUCAAUGUAGAGCAUAAUCAUCUCACCAUCCUCCAUAGCUGUCAAUUCUAUUCUAAUAACGUGACAGAGGUGAGCUAUCGCUACAACCGCAUCUUGACAGUCUUCGCUUAUGCUUUCAAUUCUACGCCGAAUGUUAAGACGCUGGAGCUUAACAUAAACAUAAUUGCUUAUUUAGAUUGUGAUGCUCUCAGCGGGCUAACAAGUCUUGAGACACUACGUUUGGAUAAUAACAUUUUAACUGAUUUGUUGCAGUGCAUGUUUAGAGAUAAUCACAAUUUAAAAAUCCUUAACCUACGCAACAACCGCAUAGCCGUUAUUUUUAAAUGGACAUUUUUCAAUCUCAGCAGUCUAACUACGCUGGAUCUAGGAGGUAAUAAGAUAACUCACUUUGAGGAAUCUGGCCUUGAUGGACUAAAAAGUCUGUCCAAAUUCUAUCUAGAUGGAAACAACCUCAAACAGAUUGACACUUCCUUCUAUCAUGUAUUUCAAGACACACUAACAACGCUGGAUUUACAACGUAAUCAGAUUCGCUUCCUCAACGAAGAGACCAGUUCACCCUUCAGGAAUCUCAGCAAACUCAGUGAUCUGAAACUAGAUGGGCAGCGGCCGUAUGGCCUCACGGUUUUACCCCGCCAUUUUUUCCGUGGCCUCCACUCACUGAGAUCUCUGUAUCUCACCCACAAUGAUAUCUUUUUUCUUGAACCGGAUGCCUUCGAUGAUCUGACAGGCUUACAGUUUCUCACAUUGGAUAACUGCUGUGUGGGGGCGACGCAACUACAACCGGGAGUCUUUAAAAAUAUGCGAAAUCUGACCCUGUUGGUGUUAGAAAAUAUGGGCAUUCAGAACUUCUCAAAAGACGUUUUUGGGAAUCUCACACAGUUAAGCAGACUGCAGCUCAACCGCAACGUUAUGCAGAUCGUUGAUGUUGGUGCAUUAGAAAGUUUACCUAACCUCAACUACCUCGAUAUACGCAACACUCCUUUAAUAUGCACUUGCGACAACAGCCUACUGCAAAACUGGACAGUAUAUUCGAAUGUUCAGGUGGUCUAUCUGUACAACCUGCUGUGCCCACACGAUCCAAAACAGAGAUUCUACAACUUUGACACCAAAGUUUGUUACCAAGACGUAGAAAUGUACCUAUUCAUAAGCACAGCAGUUGCAAUCUUUCUAUUCACAGCAACUCCUUUACUUUAUAUCAAACUCUACUGGAAAAUGAAGUACGGCUACUACAUGUUCCGUUCCUGGUUUAGCGAGCAGUGGCGAAUACUCAGGGAACAGGAGGAAAAUUGCAAAUACGAUGCAUUCGUUUCCUACAAUUCCGCUGAUGAACAGUGGGUCAUGGAGCAGUUAAUGGCCAACUUGGAGGGGAAUGGAUCGUCUUUAAAGCUGUGCCUACAUCACAGGGACUUUGAGCUGGGCCGGGACAUUGUGGACAACAUCGUCUCUGCUGUGUAUAGCAGCCGGAAAACCAUUUGUGUGGUGAGCAGGAAUUUCCUAAAAAGCGAGUGGUGCUCUCUGGAAAUCCAACUGGCCAGCUACCGACUCUUUGACGAGCACCGCGAUGUUCUCUUGCUCGUGUUCUUGGAGGAAAUCUCUCAGAGGCAGGUGUCCUCCUACCACCGCAUGAGGAAAGUCAUGUUAAAAAAGACUUACCUGCAGUGGCCUGGCUCGGACUGCACUAACCCGACACAGGCCCAAGAACUGUUUUGGAAUAAGCUCCGCAGGGCAAUGAGGAGCGGGAGCAAUCCGGAGACGGAAGAACAGCACAGCGAAGGUUGUAAAGAAGAAAAUAGAGAAACUGAGACCCACACAUCAGAUGAAAAGUAUUACUUGCUACCGUGAAAUUAUUUUGUGAUUGUCAAGUUAAACCUCAUCUGUGUUAAAUGAAUAAUCACAUUUUCUGUUGUUUGAAGAGGGACAUUUAAUGUGGUGUAAAUAUGAUGAAUUGUAAGACUAAUCAUUUCUCAGAAAUAUUAUUUUGAUAAAUAAGUACUUGGUUUAGUUUGAUUUAGCAUGUAUUUUAUACCAUUGCAAAGAAUGUGUUUAAUUCCAAUUAAAUGUGCACAAACAACAAAAUAUAAAGUGGCAUUCACAAUAGUACAUUGUUAGUUAUAAUCUUUAACCAAGGAUGCAAACAAUAAAUUACAUGCUUGUAUGUAUUGCAGCUGCAUAGGUCAAAACACAGAGGCAAUUCUUGAGAUGUCAGCUCUCGCUAUCGCGUUUAGUAAAUAUGAGCAGACAACACAUAAUUUUGCUGACUGAACAAAAUAAAUUGAUGAAUGAAC